UCAUAAGAAAAAUGGAUAAAAAAUCGCGAAUUAUGAAAAAACGAAUUACAAGCUGAUAAUUAUAUUGUACUUAUAUUGUACAGACAUAAUGUUUGUGAAUCAUUUAUUGAUAUUUGGCACUGCCACAUUAAGAAAAUAUGUAAACCAUAAUAUUAAAAGGCUAUUUCACUUCCUGAUCAAUCAUAACAAAGAUAUUGGUUUCAAAUAGCAGGUGGAGAACAAUUGUUGUACAUAUCGUCAGUAUAUAAGUAAACGAGCUUCUGAGGUUCAUUUUUAAACAUAAUAUAAUAAUCAUAAUGUUUAUUUUUCUUGCUUCGAUACUAUUGUGUUUAAUAACUGUUGUGGUUUGUGGGAGCUGUCCACCCGGAAAGUAUGGUGCCAUUUGUAGCAAUAAUUGCUUUUAUCCUCAUUGUUUCUGCACUACCGAGCAAAACUGUGAUGAGUGCGAAGCCGGGUAUUGGAACACGAGUAAAUAUUGCCAGAGAACAUGCAUUUCUUUAACAUGCACAUGCACCAACUAUACUAAUUGUCUUUCUUGUAAAGAUGGCUACUAUGGAUUGGAUAGUAAAUGUGACAAGAACUGUUCUUCUGGAUGCGAUAGCCAUAAAUGUUACAAUGGUGGAACGUGUUUUCCUUGCAAACCGAAUCAUACAGGAAUCAGAUGUGAUUCGUGUGUAGAUGGCAUGUAUGGAGCAAACUGUUCUUUGCAAUGCAGUCAAGGUUGUGAGGGGAAAGUCUGCAGUUCGCGUGAUGGAUCAUGCAACUGUAGUUACAAUUACACAGGGGAGAAAUGUGAAUCUUGUAUUGAGGGUCGGUACGGGUUGAGCUGUUCUAAACCAUGUAGUCUUGGAUGUGUACACGAUGAUUGCACUUCAAUCAAUGGAAAUUGUGAUUGUAAAGAAUAUUACAAAGGGGAAACAUGUGACGUUUGUGUCGACGGGAGGUACGGUCACGACUGUUUGAGUACAUCACAAAACGAUGAACAUACAGAUACAGAUAGACCAAACUUUGGGGCGGCUGUUGGCGGUGCAGUUGGUGCUGUUCUUGUAGUGAUUGCUGUUUUCGUUAUUGUGAUCAUUAGCAAACAAAGGAACGAAUUAUGCUGCAAUAAGCCAAGAGAUGAAGAACAAAUCAGUGGCGAAAUACCUACAUCUCAGCCAGUUGUGUGUGCUGCAGUGCCAAACAAUGGAGGUGAAAUAGGUGAGCCAGGACGAUACGAAACAUUAAAUACCACCCACACGGAGGAAAGUGAUAGGAGUGAUACCUACACCGGCAUAUUUGCAACUGGACAAGGUGGAGUUACAGAAGGUGUCAACCCUGAUAGUGAAUCGGAUAUUCCAACGAGAAAUCCAAAGUUCCAUUUAUACGCUAACACGAUGAUCAGGAAAUGAAAACACUGGCACUUCCUAUUUCAACAUAUUCUACAAUGGUCGUUUCUGUGUUUAAAAGUGCUAGACUACAACAUCGAAAAAGAACCAACGACAUCAAAAAUCACCAGCUGUGAACAAACUUAUUGUUAAAGGAAGCUAGUUUACAAUACCUCCAAAGAACCAACAUCACAUAAAACCACAAGGUGAAUAAACUGAAUGUUUAACAUAUACGUGAAUGUGUAGAUGUUAUCUUACUAAAGUAGUUUAGAGAAAAGAAGCACAAUAACAGGACAACAAAGAUAA